UGUAAGAUAAUUUUUUUUUUUUUUUUAAAUAACUUGUGGAAAUGUUAUCAUCAGUGAAACGGGGGAAAAUCACUAUGCUUGAACUUCUUUUCAUUUUAAUGUUGCUCUUUUCCGGACCAACCCUGAGCAAGCUUAGCAGGACCAAAGGCAAACACUGGAAGGGGGGAUCCCGUCUCCGUCAGGAGGACUUUCCACCACGGAUUGUUGAACAUCCUUCGGAUGUGAUAGUCUCUAAAGGAGAGCCAACAACUCUGAACUGCAAAGCUGAAGGAAGGCCAUCUCCUACUAUUGAGUGGUACAAGGAUGGAGAGCGAGUAGAAACGGACAAGGAUGAUCCGCGCUCCCACCGCAUGCUGCUUCCCAGCGGAUCUUUAUUUUUCUUACGUAUCGUGCAUGGACGGAGGAGUAAACCGGAUGAAGGAAGUUAUGUUUGUGUGGCAAGGAACUAUCUUGGAGAAGCUGUGAGCCGCAACGCAUCUCUGGAAGUGGCAUUGCUGCGGGAUGACUUCCGCCAGAACCCUACAGAUGUUGUGGUGGCAGCUGGAGAGCCUGCCAUAUUGGAAUGCCAGCCACCUCGUGGACACCCUGAGCCUACCAUCUUCUGGAAGAAAGAUAAAGUCCGUAUUGAUGACAGGGAAGAGCGGAUCAGUAUACGUGGUGGGAAGCUGAUGAUCUCCAACACAAGAAAAAGUGAUGCCGGCAUGUACACUUGUGUUGGAACAAACAUGGUGGGGGAGCGAGACAGCGAUCCGGCAGAGCUCACUGUCUUUGAACGGCCCACGUUUCUCAGGCGACCGAUUAACCAAGUGGUGCUGGAGGAGGAGGCGGUGGAUUUCCGGUGCCAGGUGCAGGGGGAUCCCACACCCACAGUCCGGUGGAAGAAAGAUGAUGCAGACUUACCGAGAGGAAGGUAUGACAUCAAAGAUGACUACACUUUGCGCAUUAAGAAGGCGAUGAGCACAGAUGAAGGAACCUACACAUGCAUUGCUGAGAAUCGAGUUGGAAAAGUGGAAGCCUCUGCUACCCUCACUGUGCGAGCUCGCCCCGUUGCUCCCCCACAGUUUGUGGUGAGACCACGAGACCAGAUUGUAGCCCAGGGUCGAACAGUGACUUUUCCUUGUGAAACUAAAGGAAAUCCCCAGCCAGCUGUUUUCUGGCAAAAAGAAGGAAGCCAGAAUCUACUCUUCCCAAACCAGCCUCUUCAACCCAACAGCAGGUAUUCAGUGUCACCAACUGGGGACCUCACUAUUACCAACAUUCAGCGGUCUGAUGCAGGCUACUACAUUUGUCAAGCACUGACGGUUGCUGGAAGCAUUUUAGCAAAAGCUCAGCUGGAGGUUACUGAUGUCUUGACAGAUAGGCCUCCACCCAUCAUCCUCCAGGGGCCAGUCAACCAGACACUGGCAGUGGAUGGGACAGCUUUGCUGAAGUGCAAGGCAACUGGUGACCCCCUUCCUGUCAUCAGCUGGUUAAAAGAAGGAUUCACCUUCCUGGGCAGAGACCCUCGAACAUCCAUACAGGAUCAGGGGACACUUCAGAUUAAAACUCUGCGGUUGUCUGAUACUGGGACUUACACUUGCGUUGCUACAAGUUCCAGUGGGGAGACAUCUUGGAGUGCUGUGCUGGAGGUGACAGAAUCUGGUGGAGCAACAGUCAGUAAAAAUUAUGAUAUAAACGACCUCCCUGGACCACCAUCCAAACCUCAGGUCACUGAUGUUACUAAGAACAGUGUCACCCUGUCCUGGCAACCAGGGACCCCUGGAAGCCUACCAGCUAGUGCAUAUAUCAUUGAGGCUUUUAGUCAGUCUGUGAGCAAUAGUUGGCAAACAGUGGCUAACCACGUGAAGACCACUCUCUACACUGUGAGAGGACUGCGCCCCAAUACAAUCUACCUGUUCAUGGUGAGAGCUAUCAAUUCACAAGGUCUGAGUGAUCCCAGCCCCAUGUCAGAUCCUGUCCGAACACAAGAUAUCAGCCCACCAGCACAAGGUGUGGAUCACAGGCAAGUCCAGAAAGAACUGGGAGAUGUCAUUGUACGACUGCAUAAUCCUGUUGUGCUGACACCCACUACGGUUCAAGUCACCUGGACGGUUGACCGCCAAUCCCAGUUUAUUCAAGGUUACCGAGUAAUGUAUCGCCAAACAUCUGGCCUACCUUCUCCAGCUGUAUGGCAGAAUUUGGAGGUUAAAGUCCCAACUGAGCGCAGUGCUGUUCUCGUCAGCUUGAAGAAGGGGGUCACUUAUGAAAUUAAAGUUCGCCCUUACUUCAAUGAAUUCCAAGGAAUGGACAGUGAAUCAAAGUCUGCUCGUACCACAGAAGAAGCUCCAAGUGCCCCUCCUCAGUCUGUUACUGUCCUGACAGUUGGAAGCCACAACAGCACAAGCAUCAGCAUCUCCUGGGAUCCUCCCCCUCCAGAUCACCAAAAUGGAGUCAUCCAGGAGUAUAAGAUCUGGUGCCUAGGUAAUGAGACUCGAUUUCAUAUCAACAAAACAGUAGAUGCAGCCAUUCGGUCUGUAGUAAUAGGUGGCCUAUAUCCAGGUAUUCAGUACCGCGUGGAAGUUGCUGCAAGCACCAGUGCAGGUGUGGGAGUAAAAAGUGAGCCACAACCCAUAAUAAUUGGAGGUCGUAACGAAGUUGUCAUCACUGAAAAUAACAACAGCAUAACUGAGCAAAUCACUGAUGUUGUCAAACAGCCCGCCUUCAUAGCUGGCAUCGGUGGUGCAUGUUGGGUAAUUCUGAUGGGUUUCAGCAUCUGGCUGUACUGGCGCAGAAAGAAGAGGAAGGGGCUCAGCAAUUAUGCUGUCACUUUCCAAAGAGGAGAUGGAGGACUAAUGAGCAAUGGAAGUCGACCAGGUCUGCUGAAUGCAAGUGACCCCAGUUAUCCUUGGCUUGCAGACUCUUGGCCUGCCACAAGUCUGCCAGUAAACAACAGCACUAGUGGACCAAAUGAUCUUGCCAAUUUCGGUCGUGGAGAUGUGCUGCCACCAGUGCCAGGACAAGGAGAUAAAACUGCUACUAUGCUUUCUGAUGGAGCCAUUUACAGCAGCAUUGACUUCACCACGAAGACUAGUUACAACAGUUCCAGCCAAAUAACGCAGGCCACGCCAUAUGCCACCACCCAGAUACUGCAUUCCAACAGCAUCCAUGAGUUGGCUGUUGACUUACCUGAUCCUCAGUGGAAAAGCUCAAUUCAGCAAAAAAAUGACCUGAUGGGAUUCGGUUACUCUCUCCCAGACCAAGGCAAAGGCAACAAUGGUGGCAAAGGAGGGAAAAAGAAGAAAAACAAAAAUGCUGCCAAGCCCCAGAAAAAUAAUGGUUCAAACUGGGCCAGUGUUCCCCUCCCACCCCCUCCCGUGCAGCCCCUUCCAGGCACAGAACUGGAACACUAUGGGGUGGAUCAACAAGAAGCAGGAUAUGACAGUGAUGGUUGGUGUCCGCCUUUGCCAGUUCAGACCUACCUACAUCAGGGCAUGGAGGAUGAGCUUGAAGAAGAUGAUGAUCGUGUCCCUACACCUCCUGUCCGAGGAGUAGCUUCAUCACCUGCGAUCUCCUUUGGGCAACAGUCGACUGCAACCCUCACACCAUCUCCACGAGAGGAGAUGCAGCCAAUGCUUCAAGCCCACCUUGAUGAAUUAACUAGGGCUUACCAGUUUGAUAUAGCAAAGCAGACAUGGCACAUCCAAAGCAAUACACAACCUCCUCAGGCUCCAGUUCCACCCCUAGGAUAUGUAUCUGGAAACCUUAUUUCAGAUUUGGAAACAGAUGUUCCAGAUGAUGAUGAUGACGAGGAUGAUAUUGAAGAAGAAACUGUAGAAAUCAGUAGGCCACUAAGAGGUCUAGAGCAUACUCCAGGCUCCAGUAUGGACAAUCUAGACAGCUCUGUGACAGGUUCAAUGGUAAAUGGAUGGGGUUCUGCGUCUGAUGAGGACCGUAACUUUUCUAGUCAUAGAUCUAGUGUAGGUAGCUCCUCAGAUGACUCGAUCUUUACCAGCGGCAGUUUUGCACAAGCACUGGUUGCAGCAGCAGAUAAAGCUGGUUUUAGGCUGGAUGGAACCAGCCUGACGAGAACAGGCAAAGCAUACCCUUCCUCUCAGAGACCUCGGCCGAGCAGUCCUUUUUCUACUGACAGCAACACCAGUGCAGCUGUCAAUCAGAGUCAGAGGCCGAGGCCCACUAAAAAACACAAGGGAGGACGGUUGGACCAACCCCCCUUGCCUCAUCGUAGGGAGGGAAUAACAGAUGAAGAGGCACUCGUACCAUAUAGUAAACCCAACUUCCCAUCCCCUGGUGGCCACAGCUCUUCAGGAACAGCUUCUUCUAAAGGAUCGACCGGACCUAGAAAAGGUGAAGUCUUGCGAGGAGGUCACCAACGCAAUGCCAGUGACCUUCUCGAUGUAGGCUAUGUGGGAUCAAACAGUCAAGGACAGUUUACUGGUGAAUUAUAGUAGUUGAGAAGACACAUUGCAAGCUGCUCUGAUGGACCAUCAGGUCUGAACUCAUGGAAGUGAUGACACUAAACAGUGCAAUGAACAUUUUCUUUAUUUAUGUACUAUUAAAAGAACUGUAAAUGCAAUGUAAAGACACACAGCCACACAUAUCCCACAGAUACUUUACUUGUGUUCUUCUCUUUAAUACACCAUCCACCUUAAACUAUUCCUUGUCAGGAGUAUAUAGAAAAGAAAGAAAAAAAAAAUCACCCUCCAGGAUGAAAAGGAUUUCCUUCUGUAUAUAAUUUCUUUCAUUGCAUUGCUAUGCAAGCUCACCUUCUUUUUAGCUAUGUUCAUAUUCAUGUCCGUUUUUAUUGGUCUGUUGUACUAUAUGUGAAUUAAUAGGCUGUGGUGCCAUAUAUUAACUUUUAAUUGUGUAACUUUUAUGUUUAAAGUUUGCACUGCAAUUUUAUUUGGUGAUAAGCACAAAACUCUACUCCUCAUGACAUGAAGAAAAAAAGAGACUGAAUGUGUGAAGAAGGUUUACGUACUGUAAGCUACUUUGGAUAAUGCUGGAUGUAAAGGAGUAUGUUAGGUGGUUUUCCAUUGGGGUGUAGAAAUGAGAAAGUGACAAGCAAAACUGCUGUCAGUGAAGACAUUAGAGACAGACUUAAAUCUUUUAAAACCAAGCAACAUAGUUGCUCUUCCUAUUUAAGAAGGGGUCAGAAGCUGGAAGUAUGAGAUUAAAGAGUGAAUAUGAAAAUUAAAGAGAGCAUGAGAUGGCCUAGACCCUUUCACUAGAACGAUGCCCUUAGUAUCUGUUUUUAGCCAUCCCAUGCCACUAAGUGAAAGGGAAGAAAAACAAAUCUUGCUAGAAACAAAAGAACUUAAGGUGUUUCACUAAAGCUGUUUUUAUAUUGCAGUUUUAAAAGAAUUAUUACCAUUAAUUUCUCCAAUCCAAAAUAUAAGGCAGAGAUUUCCCAGGAGAAACAAACAAUAUAAACUCAAGGAAUACUUAGUAAGUAGUUAAGGAUGCAAUCUAUUAUUAAGACAUAUUCAGGCUGCUUCCAAAAAAUUUAAAUGUCAGGGUAUAUUAUUUCAUCUUUCCAAUACAUGUACAGUUCAAUAGAGGAUAGAGCUGCACCACUGAAAUUCAUGACAUUAAUUGUUUUGAUGCAGUCUAAACAAACCUUUGUGUUGUGUUACCUGAAGUCUGCAAGAGCUGAAGCUGGAUCCACUAAAUUUUUAGUAAAAUGUUUAGUGUUUGGAAGGAAAGGAACUGUCAAAUUAUUUUCAACUUGCAUUAAGUACAUUUCUGGCAAUACAAUAUAUCCAAAAAGUUGGAUAUAAGCAAAGAAAAUCUUUCACCUGUGUUCUAGUGAGUGACUUCAAACCCUACUACGAUGAGGAAAUAACGCAUGUUUAUACACUUUUUGAAUAAACCAAACUCUGUAAGUGGACAUUAAUGACAGCAUCCUGUCUCUUCAUUAGUUUUCAUGACUUUGUCCAAAUCUUCUGUACCUCUCAAAUCUCAAUGAGUAAAUUGUCAGACUUUUCUUAGAAUAUUGUAUGUGGAUAGCCCACUCAUUUGAUGCUUAAUUUAAAUAUUGCAUCCUACAGCUUAUUUCUGUUAGUUAUCUGACCACGAACAUGUUUCCAUUUGAAUACCCUUUUCGUAUAACCAGUCUAUGUUGUUUUAUAUAUUGCCUUGGAGCUCACCAGUAUUAAGAACACUUUUAGUAAUGGCAGAAUUUUAGAAAAGAAAAUUACAGCGCUAAAUAUGUGUUGCUUUUCAUUUCAUUAACUUGUUCCAUGAUAAGAUAAAACACUACAGCCAUCAACUAUAACUCAGCACUAUUGAAUAUUAAAAAAAAAAUGCUAGUUAACUUCCUUAAGGUCAAGACUGUUAUUUAGCGGGUUACAAACCAAAAAAGUUGAGAAAAAAAUGUAUGCAUUUAUUUAUAUAUGUGACCAAUGAAUAUAUGUAAUUUUCCUGCUUGUUAAACUAUUAUAGUUAAAACCAUUACUUAAAAAUGUGCAAAAAUGUUCAAGCAAGAUAAAGAAGACAUCAUAUUUACAUAUAUAUGUUUUUUAGUUUGGUAUUAUCAUAUGAAGAGAAGACUAUUCAGAGUACAGUUCAAAUUUAAUUUUCUGGAAAAUGUUUAACUCAGUCACCAUAGAUUUUUUUUUUUCCUUUUAAUUCAAAAGCUUGUGCUGAGCUUUGGUGGAACACCUUACCCACUAUAUUCUAGUCAAAAUUCAGUAUCAUUAGACGUUGUUAAAGCCAUCCUAAUUACUUUCAAAUACGUGUUUUAUCUCUUCCACUGGAAAGUAAAUGUGUGUCAGUAUUAAAGCUGUGCAGUACCAUAAUAUUCACUAACUUGUCCAUCUGCUUCUGUACAUUUUUGUUCAUUAAUAAUUUGCUUACAAUAUUACAUAAGAUGUUGUUGUGUAUCGCAAAGUGUCUCCAUUAUCUUACAGGUGAUGUCUCUUCUUUUUUUUUUUCUCUCUCUCUUUUCUAUACAGUGUACUUCCAAUGAACCACAGUACAUAUUUUUUAAAAUGCCAUUUAAUUUACUAUUUUAAAAGAAGUAUUCUUCUUUUUUUUAAAAAAAAUUGAAAACAUUUAUUGUGAAUACUGUGUUUAAAGAAAAGGGAUGUUGUGGCAGCACUUAGAAUUGUUUUUUAAUUUGUUUUUUUAAAAAACUGUUUAUUGGCUACAGUUUGUUCACGAAAAAGUAUGACCUCUUAAUGUGUUUCAUUGGUAUUGUUAGUGCAGCAAAGUUUAAUUGGCAUAAAAAGUUGGUUAAUAGUACUGUUGAAGUGUGUAUUGUAUAUUUACUGGGGAAAAAAUAAAACAUAUUCACCUUUCAAAUCUAUGUUAAAAGACCUUGAGUAAGGAGUCAAUAUGUGAAAACCCAAACUGGGAAAAUCAGGCAAUAAUAACAUAGACUGAGCUAUAAUCAUCACUGUCCACUUACAGGUAACAAGGAACAUUUUAUACAAAGAUUUUUGAACUAUGCUAAGAGCUAAAUAGGCCAGUGGUAAACAUUACCUGUCUUAGGAAUUUCUGUGUAAGGUCCUGUUUAUAUUGGGAAUAGUUGUACCAAUGUAAUUACGCUGAUACAGCUAUUCUAGUGAUACAUCCUCUGCUUGUAGAUAUACUAUCUCACUGUACACUAAGGACUGCAAGUGCACAGCUUACUUUACUUAAAGCCCAUAAAGUAGUGGACCUGUAAAACCUGCAUUCAGUGGGUCUGAACCCUUGGACUUGGGGUUUUAUACUGGUGGAGAUACUGCCAAUCCAGUACAGAAUAUCCCCAGAAUGUGUAGAUAGAUGCUAGGUAAAUUUUCCUCAAUCCUUGAAUUGACUAUAUGCUCAAUUUUAAAUGCAGGAGGGCUGAAGGACCAAAUAAUAAAUUGUUACAUGUACUUCAGUGGUGUAUUGCUGUACGGGCAGCCAUAUCAGUGAUGCAAACAACAGACAUUUCUUUUUUAUUAGUUAUUAUUUCUCAAGUCCUUAUCCAAGUCAGUAAAUUGUUUGAAUAACUUUUGGUUGUCACCUGAAAUACAAGAGAAACACCGUUCCUUCAGAAAAGUACAAAAGAAAAGGAGCAUGGAGUGGUUUAAGUAUAUUGGUUUAACUAUGCACCAGUGCAAAAGGUAGAAAUGACUAUUUGAAAUAACGAUAUGCUGGUUUAUGCUUGUCUCAGCCCAUACAUUGCCAGCCAGGAGAAAAGGUAUAUACUAAGGCUGAGAAAGAGUCCUCACAACUGACAGAGGAAAGGUAAUUGGGUUAGGGAACAUUCUGGCAGGAACUUUUUUUUUAAAAAAAAUGAAGAUACGGGCAGCUCCUUUGGCUUUUCUACAAUUUAUGCAGUUUGGGUUUUUAUGAUUAAUAGCCUUGUGGAAAUUUAACAGGGGAGCUAGAAGGAAAGAAUAUACCUUCUUUUGUAAAGAUUGGGGGAAACUUGUUUGCAUAGGGGAGGAUUUUUUAAUUUCUUUUUUAUUUUUUGACACAUGUUUUGUGUUCCAUCUAUCUGGAACACAUUAGCGAAAAAUAAAUUAUUUUUGAAAACCAUGUGGGCAAUGGACAAUUCAUUUAGGAGGUACAUUCAAGUAGCAGGAAAGAUGGCAAAGAGCAAUACUAAAAAACAAAAGAACACAUACACUGCCUUAGAAUCAGCCAAGCCCACUACAGUUUCACAUGUAAUUCUGAAGUAUGUUGAUAAUAUAUAUAAGCUUCAUUGCUUUUGGUUUCCACACCAAAAUAAAGUACCAAAAGUCCAUAGGAGGCCUAAAUCCUCAGGACAUGAAAUCUGGCACUUUAUUUUAAUGUGUGAUUAAUCCAACCUGGUGGGACUGGAGUAUGUUCAGAGUGUCCAAGCCACCAGCCUUGGCUGCUGGCACCCCAGCAAUCUCCAGAUAGGAAGCACAUGUGGCUUCAGGCUCAGUGGGUUUCAGUAGAUCCCCUUGCUAGACACCUUGUCAGGCAUCACGUUUGUCGAGGAAGGUACGUCACAAAGGAUGGAAUUUUUCAAGGCAGGGAAGGUCUCUGAUGAGUUAGGCAUUGUGGUGGUACACACAGAGACCACUGAGUCAGGCACAUCUCAUGUUUUGGAACUGCCCUCCCCAGUCCUUGUCUCGAUGCCAUCCUGCUAUGGUCUGGCUACUCGGUUCUGCUGCUGUUCCCUGGAUGUGGGAUGCCUGGCAUGGCAGGGUGCAAGAGAAGAGGUGUGGUGGUGCUGGGGGACAUGUAAUGCUCUGCAUGCAAUGAGUGCCUGGAUAUAUGCCCUGUUAGUUAAGAGGAGACUGAGGAAUACAGUAGAGCAGUGGUCCCAAACAUCUGCUGUACUGUUUCUAGGUCGUUUUUUGCUUCUGUUUCAGACCGACCUCUUGCCCUACCAACUGCUCCUCCACCCAAAAUAGCAGGUACAACUUAGAGACACCUCAUGGCACCCAGAGGAGAUGUAGGGCAAUGCCUACAUGCUGUGGAUGUGGACUGGAAAUCUGGGGAGAGCUAGCUCUGAGCUCAAGUGUCAGUGUGAGAACCAGGCUAGAACUCUCUAGCCUGCCUUUAUUUAACUGUGUAGCUACAUCCGGGAACAUCCCAGCAGGAAAUAAGUUCCUAUAGUGCACCUCAGCAUUGCAGUGUCUUCUCUGGCAUGUGACUUCUCAUUUUCUGUCUUAGACCAUCCUGAGUUUGAUGGCAGUUUCUCACCACGGCCUGAGGACUGAAAUUGCUUACACUGACAUUUAAGCAAGUGAAGUUAUUCCUGUCUCUGCAGCAAAAUGAAAAAAAAAAAAUACACCCAACAAACAAAUAAAAAAACCCAAACAACCAAAAACCAACAACCCACCAAACCCCCAAACC